GUCUAGUGAAAAUGUGUUGUGGAAAUCGUGAAUGAUUGAUAAUGACGAAGUGUUGAUGUGAAGUAUAACGUUUUGGUUUGUUCUGUCCUGUUUGGAAAUAACGUGCUGGGCUUAGGAAACUUGACUGAGCAAAAAGCAAGAGUGGAGUUCAUCCACGUGAUCGUCUACGACAAAGGUCAAACAGAAACGCUGCACAAUAUCAAGGUCGGACUACGCCCAUAGCUCAAGCGUGCCAGUCCGUCCGUUUUUUGGAUUCAGCAUUCGACUCAAGGAAGGUUUUGAAGUCUUUUGUGAAGUGUGUAUUGUCCCAGUCGAUUUCAACUAGCGUGUUGUGAUCAGCCAUGUAGGCUCGCGAUGGGUGCCGAAGUCAGGCGGUGGUGCAGGUUACCUGACUCUGUCUGAGGAAACAGCCGGCCGGACCCGAUCCACCGCCCGCCACCUGUUCUACCAAGUGUAACCCCACCACAACACUGAAGCCAUGUUCGAGGGCGUAGUCUCGUACAUUCUCAACAAGUACCUGAGCCGGUACAUCGAGAACCUGGACACAGACAGUCUCAACAUCAGCGUAUGGAGCGGCCACGUGGAACUCACCGAUCUCACGCUCAAACCGGAGGCGCUGGCGGGUCUGGAGCUGCCGGUAGCGGUGACCCGCGGCACGGUCGGCCGGAUCUCCCUCGCCGUCCCCUGGACCAGUCUCUGGAGCAGUCCUCUGGUCGUCACUGUCUCUGACGUACUGGUCCUGGCCGCUCCCGUGGCCUCCCGCCCGUACGACCCAGAGCUGGAGCAGCGGCUGGCGCGGGCCGCCAAACGUACCGCCGUGUCCCGCCUGGAGCGGGAUGACGCCAUACCAGCCAGCGACGAACCGGCCGGUUUCUUCGAGCGUCUGGUGGCUACCAUUCUGAAGAACGUGCAGGUGUUCGUAAACCGCAUCCAUGUGCGGUACGAGGACACGAUAUCCACGCCCGAGUGUCCGCUGGCGGCCGGACUCUGCAUUCAGAGCAUCUCGGCAGAGACCACCAACAGCAAAUGGAAGCCAGCCACGGUCGGUGCCGACGCGAGCAGCGUCUACAAACUGGUGCGACUGGAGUCCAUGUCGGUCUACUGGAACCCUUACUGCGAGCGUGGCCGGCUGGACACUGAUGAAGCCCAGGAGGGAUGGAGGGCGCUGAUGGCCGACACGCUAAACACCAUGGCUGUGAGCGAGGAGCGACUCGAGUUCUUGGUGAAGCCGCUGUCUGCCAAGCUGAAGGUGAUCCUGAACCUGUCGCCGGAGCGGACAGUGCCGCACCUGCUGGCCGAUCUGGUGCUGCAGGACACGAGCGUGCAGCUGUCCCGUCAGCAGUACCUGAGCCUGGUGCACGCGGCAGACAGCUUCAGUCGCAUGAAGGUCAACAGUCAAUACCGCAAAUACCGGCCCACUGUGGAGCCUCACGGCAAUGCUGCUAAAUGGUGGAAAUACGCAUAUACGUGUAUCGUGGAGAAGACCAUUCGUCCGUACUCCUGGGAACGUAUCAAGGAGCACAGGCGCCGGUACCGCGAGUACCGAGCCGAGUAUCUGACGUUCCUGGAGGACCCCGACCAGAAGGUGGAGCUGCUGAACAAGUUGAAGGAGAUGGAGGACGGCCUGGACGCCACCGGUAUCCUGCUGGCCAGGGAGGAGGCCAAAAUUGAGCUGGCACGGCGUGAGACGGCGGCCGCCGAGACGCCCCCACUGGAGGAGACGGGCACCUGGUGGGGCUGGCUAACGGGUGGCGCCGGCGCUGGAGACACGGACGCAGACGAGCCUCUCGUGCACCCGGCCUCCGUGAGAGGCUGGACCGUCUGGAGCCAGCUGACUGACGAGGAGAAACAGCAACUGUACGAGAGUAUCGGCAUGGCGGACAGCGGCCAGGAGGAGGAUGUCACUGAUCUGCCCACAAACUACAUCAAGCACAAGCUGAACGUCACGCUAUCCACGCUGUCCGCCUCGCUACUGGCUCACAGCAGUGAGCUGCUGGUGGCCACUGUGAGCCAACUGGUGAGCAGUGUGGAGACGAGGCCGGCCGCCCGCUCCGUGCGCCUCUCUGCCAGCGCGCACAGCCUCCUGGUGGAGGGCACCAGUCUGGAGAGGGACCUGGUGCCCAUCGUCUCACCGGCCGAUAUACACGAGAGCGACCACCGGCCUGUGUUCUCUCUGGACUUUGAGGUGAACCCUCCGGCGGCCGAUUUCGGUCUCUCCGUGUCCGUCUCACCGGUCGAAGUAGUCUACUCCGAGCACGCGGUCUCGGAGGUGCUGAGUUUCCUGCAGACGCCGCAGCUGACGCUCAGCGCUGCUGCUCAGCUGGCCCGCGGUCAGCUCAGCCGGCUGACGGAGGCCGGACGGAUCGCCCUGCAGGAGGCCAUCUCCCGGAGACGCACCCUGCAGCUCAGUCUGGACCUGGCCAGCCCGUACCUGGUCAUACCCGAGACGGGCACACUACAGAGCGGCGGUAACCUGCUGGUGGUGGACCUGGGCCGGCUGGUGGUCAGCUCCGAGCUGCAGCCCCAGCUGGAGGUGGGAGCUCUGGCCGAGAUGACGCGCGCGGAGCUGGAGGAGGCUGUGUACGACCGGUACCGGUUCACACUCACCGACCUGCAGCUGCUCUUCGCCGACUCCGGCGAUGAGUGGCGCGCCAACCGGCGCCGGCCGGCCUCCGAUAACCACCUGCUGCCCAAGGUGCAGGCAGAGAUGGUGUUCUCCAACUCUGUACAGCAGCAGUACACACUGGUACCCAGACACAAGCUGGACAUCACAAUGAGCGCGUGUCGUCUGAACCUGUCUGACCGGCGCAUCCGGCGGCUGGUGGACUUUGGCGAGCGUCUGCCGAUGCCCCGUCCUCUGCAGUAUAGGGAUACGGUGGACGCGCUGCCCAGGAAGGAGGAGCACCUCUGCCUGCGCGAGUGUCAGCUGGAGGCCGAUACGGCAGAGCUGCGCCGCAUUCGUCGCCAGCUGCGUCUGAAACUGCGGCGCCAUGGGCCGACCGGCGAGGACGGCGUCGAUGGCGGUCCGUCGGCCUCGACACCGGUCUCCUCCACCGGGGCGGAGGUGCAGAGAAUCAUGGAGCAGAGCGGCGACCUCGACUCUGAGGUCAGCGACCCGGGCCAGUGGGCCAGGGCCGUCGACCAGCCCGGCUUCCAGGACAACGUGUCGGCGCACAACGUGCUCAGUCUGAUGCUGCGCGCUCAGAUACCGGAGGUGUCUAUCCACCUGGAUCGCUCGGGAGACGCGGCCGACCGUCCCUACCUGCUCCUGGUAAUCAGCUCGCUGUCAGUGGAGCUGGCUCAGCUGCGGUACGGCCCGGCCGCCCAGCUGACCCUCUCCGGCCUGCGGCUGGUCGACAAACUGCACUCGACCAAUGGCGGCGAGUAUCUGGAACUCAUCAGCACCGCCCAGCAGCGACAGCUCGUCUCCGUGCUCUACAGGAAGGUGAGCCCCAGCUGCCCGGAGUUCAGCACCGUCUUCCACAGCGUCGAGCAGAGCCUGGUGAUGGACAUCGGCACCAUCAACGUGCUCUUCCACCGCGGCGCCGUCCUCACGCUCGUCAAGUUCCUCCAGUACGCCGGCGAGCGCCUGCCAUCGAAGGCCCUGUCUGUGGCGGUGCCGUCCGCCGCCGCCGCUGCUCCAGUCGCCGCCCCCGUCCCCGCCCUCACCCCGGCCCCCGCCGCCGACGGGCCGCCCACCCCCGCGGGCGCCACGCGGUUCAGCGGCUCACUCCGUCUGCAGGAGGUGGUGGCGCGGCUCUGCGACACCGACUCGGACUUUGUCGAGGUCAAGGUGACUGGAGCAGAAGUGGACGGCCAGCUGAAGGCCAACGAUAAGAUGAUCCUGAAGGCUUCCCUGAGCGAGUUCACCAUGGAGGACACGUCAGAAACCACGCUCUACUCAAAGAUCAUCUCUAUGGAGGACGACAAGCUGCUGGAGUUGAACGUGUCGCUGAUGACCGGCGGCCGCUCGCCGCUCGAUACGGACCAGCCGGUCAAGCCGCAGGGCUCGGUCCGACUCCGGGUGGGCCGGCUUCACGUACUCCUGCUGCACAAAGUGGUGGCCGAAAUGCAGAGUUUCCUGGCUCCCUUCGUGGCCGCCGAGCUGGGUGGCUGGGCGGCGCGUCAGGCCGAGCGGCGCCUGGCUGACGGGGUGGCCGGAGUACACCGUCAGGCGCCCACACUCAGCCUGUCCGUGCAGCUGCACGCGCCGCUGCUCGUCAUCCCGGCCCACUCGCGCUCCAGGGAGACACUGCUGGUCAACCUCGGUGACCUCAGCGUGGAGAACCUGAUCAAGCUGAAGGAGUCGCCGUCUCGGCACGUCAUCGACAACAUCAUGAUCCGGCUGCGGGACAUGCAGAUUAGCCGCGCCAUGCUCUCCAUGAGCGGCGACCUGGAGAUCAUCGACCCGAUCCUGGCUCCCACGGAGCUGCGGGUGGACGUGCAGCGGGCCGUGUCCCCGGCGCCGGCGGCCGUGCUGCCGCUCAGCGUCUCCGCCAGCCUGGAGAUGCUGCACCUGGACGUGGCACAGAGCGACGUCACCCUCGUCUACAGCGUCAUGUCCGAGAACCUCGCCGAGGGACGCUUCUCAGAGGAGGGCUGGCGGACAUUCUCUCCGGAGCUGGCCGGCCCGGCGGCGGCCGGCGCUCCCGCCGUGGACGAGCUGGUCAGUGAGCGUCUGCAGGUGUUCCUCUCGGGUCAGGCGCGUCCGGAAACCUCCGUGUCAGUGGCGCUGGACGGAGCCGCCAUCGUGCUCUAUGAGGACGGCGGCGCUCAGGCGGCUGACUCGAGCUCUCCGGCACGGGACGAGGCGCACGCCCUGCUGCGCUGUGAGGUGGGCGAGGCGCGUCUCGAGCUGGAGCAGUACUCUGACCGCUCUCUGUCUGCGCGCGCCACGCUACACCAGCUGACCCUGGCGGACGCCCGGCCCGAUAGCCCGGCGGCCGUCAAACGUCUGCUGGAGUCUGCCACCCCCGAGGACGGCUCCCUACUGGAGCUGGUGGUGGAGCGCGCCGCCUCCGGUGACCAGACAGUGCGUCUACUCAUGGAGAGCACCCGGGUCACGCUCUCAGUACCGUUCGUGGCGCUCAUCCACGGCUUCUUCAGCGACGCGUGUCCGCCGCCGGCCGCCGACCGGGCCGGCGCCGGCGCCGCCGCGCCCGUCUGGAGCGACAAGAUGCCGCUGGACCACCCGGGCAGCCCCAGCUCCACGGGCAGCACCAGUGGCUACCUCUCCGAUGCCAGGACGCCGGUCGUUGUGGAGGAGACCGGUCUAACGGUGACUGCCCAGCUGCGGACUCCCGAGCUGGUCCUGCUGGUCGACCCGACGGAGACCACGGGCCGGCGACUGGUGCUGCGGGCCGAGGUGGCCGCCAGCUAUGUGCGCGCCGUGGGUCAGAGGUCCGGGUCUCUCACACUGGCCGGACUGCAGCUGUGCCGCAGUAGGCAGGGCUCGUCGCGCCGUCUGGAGAGGGUCGUCCUGCAGCCGUGUGAUCUGUCCCUGUCGUACGCCGCCUCGGACGGCGAGUCGGCCGUCACCAUGGUGCUGAGCGGCAGCGAGAUCACCGUGCACCUGGUGGAGGCCGUGGUCCGCACACUGGCGCAGGUGGUGUCUGACGUGCGUCUGACGAUGGGCCGUCUGCACGCCGACUGCGAACGGCCCACCUCCACUGACGGAGAGCCGUCCAGUCCGACUGCCGACAACAUCUGGCUGCCGCGUGCCAUCGAGAAGCCCAGCAUUCUGGACGAGGACCCCGGGGAACACGGCUGUUCGAAGCCCGCCUUCCCGACCAAGAAACCGUCCGAGUCGCUGGAGAUUCGACUUCCGGAAAUAUCGGUGGUGUUUGAGAGGGAGGAAGAGGACCAGAGGUUCCCCGUCAUCAUGGUUCACUCGGCCCUGGAGGGUCUGGUCUGCGACUGGAGUCAGCUGCCCUACAUGAAAGGCGAGAUCCAGCUGCAGGUCUCAACGUUCAGCGACGACAUCGGCACGUGGGAGCCGCUGUUGGAGCCUGUGCUACAGCAGGAGGAGGCAUACAGGCCCUACGAGGUCCUCUUUAAGGUGUUCCGUAGCGGCGCGCACCCGAUCUCUUGUGGCGCCUCGCUGCCGGAGGACCAGCCUGACCACGCGUCAGCCGGCGGCGGCGGGGUCAGCGGUGGCGCCACAACCCUGACCGUGCCGUCGCCGGGAUCGGCCACACCCAGCUCCGUGGACUCAGAUACAGAGACAGAGCACAAGAUGAGACCGAUUAAAACAACACGCAGACUGUCGCGGCGCAGAAAAACCAGAGCUUCCACCCACAUCGUGGGCUCCAUGAUGAACUCCGAUUCCGAUAGCGACGACGGUCUGAUGGAAAAGAUCGCCGCCGCAUUCGGACAUCUAUUUUCCAGUGAUAACGAGGACGGUGUGGAGGACGGGGAGGAGGCGGACGAGUCGGACACAGAGCACCCGGCGACGGAUGCCAAGGCCAAGGCCGCGCUCCAGGAGCCCUCCCAGGACGAGCCAGACGGUCCGGAGGUGGUGGUGACCCCUGCGUCGGUGCCCUCUCAGCUGGCCACCUAUGUCCUGGUCGAGUCCCGAGACCCGCUGGAACUGACGGUCACCCCGCAGGCCAUCAAUGUACUCAGAGAGGUGGCCAAGUGGACGACGGAUAAGGACGAUGAUUACACGGAAGAGGGCCGUCAAAUGACCUGCAAACUCGGCCUGGACAUUGACAACCAGCUGGGAGGCGACUUCUCCGUCACCGUCGUCGGAAAGGCCAAGGCGGACCGUGUGAAGCAUGACAAGCUGUGUGACGAAGUGGUGUUUGCCACGCGCGAUGUGGUGCCGGGCUCUCCCCGCAGCACCAGCCCCACCCUGUCUCUGGAGCACUGCCAUCGCAGGAUGAGCUCCGGAGGCAGUAAGAUCGAGGAGCUGAUGAGCUCUGUUCUGACCACCGUCACGGCGCCGGUUAAGUUCGAGGAGAAGACGCUGCCCGAGCUGUACAACCUGGCCGUCAGGCAGAAAAUACGCAUCGAGGCAGAAAACUUUGAGCCGACGCUGGCGCUGCUUCCCUCCCGCUCCCUGCGUCGAUUGGUGGCGCUGCGGCGACGGGCGGCUGAUGGAACCGUCACCACCUACCAGGCUCUGAUGGAGCUCACCGCGCGGGGUCAGCACAAGAGCGUGCGGCUUACUUCACCACUGCAGGUGACGAACGGUCUCUCGGCGCCCGUGUCGCUGCUGUUCCACCGCGCCGAGCUGGCCGGCGCGCUGGGUCUGGUCGAGGAGGCCGAGGAGGCGGCCCUGGCUCUGUCGGACGGAGACCGGCGCCGCCACCCGAACCCGUUCGGGUCGCUGGCGGAGCUGCGCGUCCUCCAGCCGGGGGAGACGGCGGCCGUGCCGCUGCUAGUGGCCUACCACUGCCGGCUGCUGGUUCAGCCCGUCGGUACCAGCCCCCUAGAUCGACACGACAUCAGCGAGGGCGCCAUCUGGUGGAAGGAUCUGGUGAAGAAGCCGGGGCCGCACUUCCUGCGCUGUGAGCCCAGCUCGGGACACGGCUUCAGGGUCGUCUCCCAGCUGACGGUGUCCCGUCCCUCUCCGGACGAACUGUACGGCACGGCCGCCGGCCCGGAGCCGGACUCCCCCGGUGAGCGCGGUAUGCCCGUGAUGACCGUCCGCCUGCAGCCGGCCGUGGUGGUCCACAAUCACCUCCCGACGGCCGCGCUGCUCGGAGAGUACGGCGUGCCGGCCGGCGGCGUCCUCAGACUCACGUCCAUGGACCCCACUCAUAAACAGGAGGUGCCUCUGCAGCUGCCCGGCUACCGCGGCACCCGCUGGAAGGGUAAGCUGGAGCUGUCGGAGAAGCUGCGCACGGGUGCCACGGCCACGCUGACGGCCGAGCCGGCAGAGCCACCUGGCGACGGCUGCGGGAAGCUGACGCUGGAGCUGCGCCGGCCCGACCCGGCCAUGCUGGAGUUCUACAUCAGUGUGCCCUACUGGCUGGUCAACAAGACCGGCCUGCCGCUCCAGGUCAAGUGUUCGUCUGGCUCGUCCUCGUGCGAGCUGGUGCCCUCGGAGGAGCCGGUGCUGUUCCGUCCCCGCGGCUCCUCCAAACUGAAGCUGAGCGCCCAGCAGUCCUCGUGGAGUCCUCCGUUCAGCGUUAGUGCAGUGGAGACGGCCGGACUGGUGGUGUGCAGGGACAAGGAGCGACACACGCGGUACAGGAUCCUGAUGUCGGUGUCUUUAUCACAUCUGCACCCGACCAAGAUCAUCACGUUCAAGCCGUACUUUGUGCUGCAGAACAACACCCGUCACCACCUGCUCUUUAUGGAGGAGAACGAGUCGGCGGACCUGUGGCUAGACAUCGCCCCCAGACAGGUGACGCCAUUCUGGCCGGCAACCAACAGCCUUCGUCUGAGCAUCAAAUACCGCGACUCCCGGGUGACGUCACAGUGGUUUUCCAUCAGCAGUCCGCACCAGACCACGCUGAGGAUGGCCGGCGGGUCGGGUCUGGUGGUGGAGGUGACGGGCGGCGUCGAGACGCCGUUCCUGGUCUGUUUCGAGCCGUACACGGCCGGUGACGCGCCCGUCCGACUGGAGAACCUCUGUGACGACCUGUUCCUCAAGUUCCACCAGCAGUCGUCGGGACAGGUGAUGCUGCUCGGCCCGUACCAGUCGAUGCUGUACACGUGGGAGGACCCGACAGCCGAGAGGCAGCUCCUCUGGAACGCCUACAACAGCAAAGCUGUGGACAUCCCUGCAAUGAUUGAGAAGGACGGUUUCGGCGAGGCGCAGCUGACGCUGCACUCGGUGCGCGAGAGCCGACUGGCGCGGCUCUCCUCGCGUCUGAAGAAGUCGCUCAACAGCAGCUCUCGUCUGUCCCUGGGCGGCAGCAGUACAGAUGACAGUGACACAGAGACCAGUGAGCAGGCCACCACAGCUGAGGCGGCUCAGAGACAGCUGCUGCGUCCCCGCACCCGGCGGGACCGCACAGCCGUGUUCUGGGUGAGCUACAUGAGCGGCGCGCAGCGGGCGCUGCUGUUCACGCAGGAUGAGCGGCAGGCCGUGCGGCUCCGACGACAGGUCGACGGCGAGAGGGCCAAGGUGGAGCUGUUCGUCUCACUGCGAGCCGCCGGACUAUCACUGGUGACGGCCGGCCGUCAGGAGCUGUUGUACGCCAGCGUCCGCUCAGCGCCGGCCGCCUGGCACGUCUGUGUCCACGACGACUGGAAGCCGCUUAACCUGGAGAUGAGCGCCUGGAUCGAGGACAAGUUCUCCAACGACCGCGCCAAGGCCAACAUGAAGGAGUACAUCGAGGUGGACCUGGCCAAGAUGCAGAUGACGCGUCCGUUCUACGGUCAGCUGCGGCGGUCCCAGCGGCCGGCCGUGUGGCUGCACCACCGGCGAUCCAAGACGCUGCGAUACGUCCUGCUCAGGAUUCACCGGCCUCAGGUGGACUGCCAGAUUCCCGGCUCGGUGUUCCCGGUGGUGCUCCACCGCGUGGCCCCGCCGCGGCGCGUGGUCGAGAAGCUCGGUGUUCCUCCGUUCCUGGAGGCGUGUGUCCUGAUCAGGGACGCCACCGAAAACGCCCCGCUCAACAUCAGACAUCUGAAGGUUCUGGUGCAGGAGUUCUCUCUGGAGGUGGACAAGGGUCUGCUGGUGUCCCUGUUCGACCUGGUGAUGCCGCUUCUGCCGCCUCCCCCGUCCAGUCAGAUUGGACUCGUCCAGGACCUAUCGGCCGCACAUCAGCCGCUGGUGCCGGUCAAACCCAAGGCGCUGACUCGUAUGGAGCGGGCGCUGAUCGAGUUCGUGCACCUGUCGCCGAUCAAAUUGUCGUUCUCGUUCUCGCCGCGAGGGGCGCCACUGGCGGGCGGCCCGGCCGCCGAGGAGGCCGCCUGGAAGAGGGAUCUACUCGGCUUCCUGGCAGAGAGCAUUGGAGCACCCGUGACCGAGGUCACCGACGCUGAGCUCAAACUGGGCUACUUCGAGCGUCGCGGCAUCACGAUGACGCUGCCGGACCUGGGGGACGAGGUGAAGAACCACUACAAGUACCAGCUGCUGCAGGAGGUCUACGUGCUCAUCCUCGGGCUGGAUGUGCUCGGAAACCCGUACGGACUCAUCAAGGACUUUGCGCACGGCGUCUCCGACUUCUUCUACGAACCCUAUCUGGGCGCCAUGUCGGGCCCGGAGGAGUUUGCCGAGGGCGUGGCCCGCGGCGCCCAGAGUCUGUUCGGUCACGUGGUCGGCGGGGCAGCCACCUCCGUAUCACUGCUCACCGAGUCGGUCGGUAACAUGCUCUCCGUGCUCAGCUUCGACGAGGACUACAAACGGAAGCGUCGUAUCUGGAUGAACCAGCACGCGGGCCUGCCGGAGACGCUGCUGGCCGCCGGCAGGACGUUCGUCAUGGGCAUCGUGCUCGGGCUGGCAGGACUGGUGAUGCACCCGUACAGAGGGAGCCGGGACGGAGGUGUGGAGGGCUUUUUCCGCGGUGUGGGCCGCGGCCUGCUCGGCCUGCUCACCAAACCGGCCGGCGGCGUACUCGACAUGGUUGCCAUGGCGAUGGACGGCGUGUCGCGCGCCGUGGAGCUGGGUGAACAGGUCAUCCGGGCCCGCCUGCCCCGGCAGAUCGAUCCCAACACGGGUAUUCGUCCGUUUUCUCCGUAUGCGGCGCGCGGCCAGUACCUGCUGGGCUCGGUGUGCGAGGGCCGGUUGGCCCGGACUGACACCUACCUGGCACACGCGGCGCUGAGCACAGCCGAGCGCAGCGACAUCUGCCUCGUCACAGACCGGCACGUCCUGAUGUUGGAGUCGUCACGCCUCUGGGCUAGCUGGGACCUGGACUGGUCGGUGCCAGUGGCGGAUCUAGAUGGCGUGCCGCGCGUCGAAGACAACAAACUCGUGCUCAAACUGAGAAAGACUGACAGCCACGACUGGUUCCGAGUGGACAAACGCGUCAUCGAGUCGGAGGAUACCGUGCUGCUCCACUGGCUUCAGAACAAGAUCGAGCGCGCUCUGGUGCUGGGAAUGUGGUAGUCCAGGGUUAGCUGGUGCCACCGAGGGGUGACAACAGACAGCGGGGGAUGUGCGGUAAGGGUCAGAAUCCGCCGAAUUAGCGCCAGAGAUCGACCAUCAGCACCUCGCCGCUUGCCAGUUUUCUAUCGCUACUGCAGUGCCGCCAGAGUUCCACUACUGUUGUUUAUGUCGGCUUCUCUUGCGCCUGAUAUAAGCGUUGCCUUGUAGUCGUCUUCAAGAAACGCAGUUACGAACCUUGCUUCGCACCGGGCAGUGCUGGACUGGACAUGUUUGCUUAGAGUCUGUUCCAUGCAAGCGAUAAGUAUCCUAACUUUGGUGUACCGGCUGUUUCACGUCGGGACACAGUCGGAUUGUAACGUUCGAUGUGACGUCAUGUUGUGGCGCCAUUGCGUCACUAUUAUGGAGGGAGGCUUUAAUGAUUGGUGAAGACUGAAGAGUCGGGAAGUCUCUUUGAAAGCAGCCUAUGACCUAUCGGUUAAUCACUACAUUGUGACGCCACUGAAGCGUCUUUCGCCCUGAGAUAUCGGAUGCAAAUAGCUCUAGGUAUUUAUUGUCCUUCGGCAAUAGGCUUUGCAGGUGUUGUUGCAGCCUAAGAGAACUACGUCAAGGAAUGGUCGUUAAUUUCCUGAAAAUCUUGCUCGGAAAUAAGAUUGAUGUUUUACAGGGUGUCCCAAAAGUAAGGUCAUGAUUUAAAACUUAAAUAUCUCGAGAAGUAAGAGUCCGAAUCACUUCCAAUUUUAACACGUGCAAGGUACAUCCAUAAAAUUAUUUUCUUGCAUGCCUAAACCAUUUUUGAUCAUAACUACACCGAGCAGUAGGCAUAAAACUGAGAAGGUCGAAAUUCAACUCUUAGAGAGGGUCCGUCAUUAAAACAAAGGGUAAAUACCGCCCAGUUUUCGGCCCUAAGCAGACCCUAUCAGCUCGCCCUAUCUCUGAACUCAUGCAUAGUUUCGCCUCAACCGGUAAAACGUCAGAAAAAAGGUAUAACGUACGCACAGGGCAUGUAUACUUAGCCACCAGUGCUUCGAGGUCCUGAGGACGACAGCGGGAAUCGGGUGAAAAUAAAUCAAGAGAGGUGGCCGAGAGUCCUCCCAGUGGUUCUUCCGCUCGUCGCAACGCAGCUGUGCCGACACCAUCAACCUGCAGUGGUUUCAGCAGGAUGGAGACUAUGCUUGCACCGUCCUGAAGAUCAUGCAUUGUCUCCGAGAGUGGAUGUGAGAUCGCGUAAUUUUCAGUCAGGGCAACGCCAUUGAAUGGCCUCAGCGGGCACCUGACAUUACACCUUCAUAUUUUUAUUCUCUGGGUACACAACGGAAAGGUUGUCUUUUAGGACAACCCAACGAGCCGGGAAGAACUAAAGGAUGAUCCCUCCGAGCAAACAUAAGCGGCAUCUCACCAGAGAAUCGCUCCAGAAUAGUGGAGGAAGUAAAACGCAGGUCUAUUCAUGCACGCGGCCCGAAAUGGUAGCCAUGCAGAAAAGCAGCAAAUGUGGGGCUACGAGCCAAUGUAUUGACUCAUAUGUAUAUCAGAAUAAAAUUUUAUAAAAUGCUCUUUCAUAUCAUGUCCUAUUUAUUUCUAUCCAUCGCGUAUUUUUGGCGGUGUGGCCAAAACAAAUGAUGACCUUACUUUUGGGACACCCUGUAUGUUCCUUGAAGGAGUCAUUUUCCUGGUUUAAUACCUGUACACUGUACUUAGCUACGUAUAGAAGACCUUGGUAUUUAAGUGUAGAGUGCUGUGUUAUGUGCCGCGAAAAAAUGCGAGGUCUCGCCGUAUGGGGAUUGAUGUAUCAAGUAGUAUUUUCGUAGAUGAACAUAUGUAAUGUGUAGUCGAAUUUCGGAAGUUAUUUUUGCCGUGCCUAGUUGUUAGUCUUGUAAGUGGAUGUGGCGAGCCUGAACUAUGGAAUGAGGCUUUCCCUGGAUGAACACACUUCAAUUAAGGAUCUGCGUGCGUUUAUUUCGUACACACCGACCGCUUUCAGUUUACAUCAUAUCGUUUUGUUGAUAUUAGUUAUUAGCUAGUGUUCGUAUUGGCGCCAGAAAUACCUACGAUCUAUAAUGUAUAUGCUUACAGGUGUAUAAAGAUCCUAUUUAAUCUUAUUUAGUCGAUAUCACAUCAUCAAAAGGUCGAAAUAUGUGUCGUUUUCGACUGACCAUUCGCUGCGAGACGUGUGACUUGUCAUAGUGUGUGUUGGGUGGCAUGAUCUGAGGCCAAAGGCAGUGAGGUCGGUGACCCUAGUCGCUGUACCAGUUCACACACUCUAUGCACCUGGCGACCCUAUGCGACCUGCCUGUAUCUCUCCCAGUCUAGUCAUAUGCCCUUCCGCGGUGUGCCAGUGUGUUCGGGUGGCCGCGCGUUACCGAUCCAGCGAUAGGAAUGUAGGGUUCAGCACACGAUACCUGCCGACCGCCUCUAAGGCACGUGUCGACGGCCGGCCGACGGGACAGAGAUGGGUAAGAUAGGCGGCAUUUGUGAGGGAUGACGCCAUCGGCGGUGGGCCGCGCGCGGCGUGCAUGGGGCGGCGUGCCGUCGGGUAACGGCCUGUGCUGUUUUGGGGUGGCGAGUGGAAACGGUUUAUGUGAGGUGGUAAGGGAACUUGGGUUUGCUGUGUAGACCGGCUUUUGCAUAUCGUAUUCUGUAGAUUAUGUUAGUUUGCUGUAUGUGCUUCGCACGUCCAAUAGCCAAGACCAAUCUUCCGCAGGGUUAAUAAUAUCACGGCUUUGGACCACCAUGUUCCGUAGUUACGUUCCGAUUCUCUUUUCAGUCGCCAGUCAUGAUUACCACUCAGGUCUGCUCAUUUUCUCUGAUCGCGUCUUGAUGUGCGUGCCUCGCCUCGGUUACUGACCUUCCCAUGACACUUGGUCUCUCCCUCUCUGAGCGUCCCCUCGGGUCGCGGCCGUCGCUGUAUCGCUGUAACACUAACGCCGUCACCUGUGAGACCAAUUUACCGCGUCGUCGCCUGGUGGCCCGCGGCCGUCUCCGUAAAAUCGCCGGCCGCUCGAACGGGGUGAAAGUGCGACCAUUUGCCACCGGCGCGCCGGCAUUGUCGACCGAAAACAAACGGCUCCGUGAGGCCGCCAGAGUCUCACUCUGACCGCAGAGAACCGGGUGCGCUUCGCGGCGAGCUACGCUCCUCGAAGACACGCUUCUCGAUAGCCUCUCGGGGAGCGAUCGAAGCGAGGUUGGUCGUGGGGUGACCCCAGUAGUCCGUACGGGGAAAGCCUAGUGUGGGGUGUCGUGGAGAGGGCUAAUGGGCCGUGAAAGUGGGGUGGGUACGUGCAAAGGGCUUUGUUCGUGUGAGGGGCGGCGCUGAAGCAGUGUAUGUAGUGUGUGCUACCGUGUGUGCUGUUGGUGUCGUGGCGGAAGCGUCACUAUGAACGGGGUAUCUAUGAUGAAUAUAUCGUGUAUGACGUCAA